AUGCCAUUCGUGAACGUGCACGACGUUAUACGAAGACCACCAUCCCAAGAGGACGUACACAUCGAAGAACAAGCACCGCCGUCAGUUAGGACAACGCCAUCAAGGGGAACGUAUCCUGAGAUGACCACUGCACACACUCCUCCCCCGUCGAUAUUUGAAGGGGAACAGCGACAUGCCACAAUCGAUACUUUGCUCAAACCCGGUAUUCUUGCUGGUAUGUUUUAUGUUCAUGUUUUUUUUUCUAUGUUCCGGCAUUUGCAGACUGCGUUUGUUGUUUCGUCUUUCAUGCAUUUUAUAUUCUCAAAGAACGUUUGCUUAACAACUUCGCAUCAUCAAUUCCAUUUUUUAUAUUAUCAGUUUGAAUACAUGAUGCUCACUUUAUUGAUCAUGAGUUCUUCAUUUGCACACUCCAUGAAAUUCGCGACUAAUUGCUGUACAGCGGGCAGUGUUUUGUUGAAUUGUAUGGAUUUGAUAAGUGCUUGA